CUCGUUGGCGCUGGCUGACUGAGGCAAUGUCGCCGAGGUGAAGGCACCGAAGGAGCUGUGGACGAAAUUGAGCAAGCGGGGCGGGGAGCCGAGAUUUUGGGAGAUCUUAUGGAAAAGCCGGCACCGAAAGGGAAGUCCCUGAUAGCUGUCAAUGGUUCUGAGCUGAAAGAUGGAAUGAAAGUACCUCGGGUUUUGUAUCUCAUUGAAAACAAAGGUGAAUAUGAAUUAUCCAUAUCUGCAACUUCAGAAGCUAAUGUUGGAACCAUCGCUGAUCAGACAGUGAUCUCCAUUAAUAACCAAUUUCACAUUAUACAAGAGGCCGAGGAUGCUCUUUUAAUAGAUGAUCCUUUUACACGCUUAUGUAGGAUCCGUAUACAAGGGGACCAAACAAACUACCUCUUUGAGCUGCCAGAUGAUGAGUACUGCCUCAGCUUCCUCACUGAAGUGAAAAAGGUCCAACAAGCCUUAACUAAAAGCAUUGUGGCUGAGAAAGUGAUAAAGGAUCCAUUUGGAAUGGAAUCAGCAAGUUGGCCCCAAGUGUUGGACCCAUUACAUGGCAAACCAAGUGGAGCAGUUAACUCAGAGUAUAGGUUUGAUGAUGAUUUCACUGAUAUUUUAAAUCUGGAAAAGAAGAAUCAACAGAAUCAAACUGGAAGCAGUUUUACAUCUGUGGCAGUGCCCUCUCGUAUAGAACCAUCUAUUGAGAAGGAUGGGUCAUGGAAUGGGCAGCCAAGAGUAUCCAACACAAUGCGGAAGUUGUUUGAGCCAAGUAAUCAAUCUGGGGCCAGAGAAGGGCUGAUCAAACACUACCUUACACGCCGUGAGAAAGAAUUUGUCAACAUUCAGAACUUCAGGUUUUUCAUUGGCACCUGGAAUGUGAACGGACAAUCUCCUGAUGCUAGUCUGGAUCCCUGGCUUCGUGCUGACCCUCAUCCACCUGAUGUGUACUGUCUAGGUUUUCAGGAGUUGGAUCUGAGUACCGAAGCUUUCUUUUACUUUGAUUCUUACAAGGAGCAAGAAUGGCUGAAUGCUGCAGAAAGAAGUUUGCAUCACAAAUCCAAAUAUUACAAAAUGAAACUCAUUCGUUUAGUUGGAAUGAUGAUGAUCGUGUUUGUCAAAAAGGAACAUGAAAAGCACAUAAAAGAUGUGGAAGCAGAGACAGUAGGGACAGGAAUCAUGGGAAAGAUGGGUAAUAAAGGUGGAGUGGCAGUACGCUUUGUCUUUCACAACACAAGUUUCUGCAUAGUGAACUCCCACCUAGCUGCUCAUGUGGAGGACUUCGAGAGACGAAAUCAGGAUUACAAAGAUAUCUGCGCUCGCAUGAUUUUCCAAGUAUCUCAGCAGAAUCAACCUUCUAUAAACAUUAGUAAACAUGACGUUGUUAUUUGGCUUGGGGAUCUAAAUUACAGACUCUGCCUCCUGGAUGCCAGUGAAGUGAAGGCAUUGAUAGAGAAGCAAGAUUUGAAGAAACUUUUGGAAUACGACCAGUUGAAUAUUCAGCGCAAAACUAAGAAAGCUUUUGCAGACUUCAAUGAAGGGGAAAUUCAUUUCAGACCAACUUACAAGUAUGACACCAAAUCAGAUCGAUGGGACUCAAGCGGCAAGUGCCGUGUCCCAGCAUGGUGUGAUCGUGUACUCUGGAGAGGUGAAAGUGUACACCAGAAAAGUUAUCGAAGUCACAUGGAGCUUCGAACCAGCGACCACAAGCCUGUCAGCUCACUGUUGGAUAUUGGGGUGAAAAUCGUAGAUGAGCAGAGGUACAAAAAGGUGUUUGAAGAUAUCGUUCGAGUGAUGGAUCGGAUGGAGAAUGAGUUCCUACCUUCUUUAUGCCUUAGCAGAAGAGAUUUUAUAUUUGGGGACGUUAAGUUCCGGCAGCUGCAAAGAGAAAAGUUUCAGAUAACUAAUGAUGGACAGGUGCCGUGUCAUUUCUCCUUCAUUCCCAAACUGAAUGACAGCCAUUACAGCAAACAGUGGCUACGGGCAGAACCUUGUGAAGGAUAUCUCGAACCUGAUGAGUCUGUGGAUAUAUCACUUGAAGUUUAUGUUAGCAAGGACUCCGUGACAUUAUUAAACUCAGCUGAGGAUAAGAUUGAGGACAUCUUGGUUUUGCAUCUGGAUCGGGGGAAGGAUUAUUUCCUAACGAUUGGUGGAAAUUACUUACCAAGUUGCUUUGGUACAUCACUUGAAUCACUGUGUCGAAUGAAGAAGCCAAUUAGGGAAGUGCCCAUUACCAAGCUUAUAGACCUGGAGAAAUCUCGUUUAGAGCUUGUCUCAGUGGAUAAUGUUGCAACUGAUAAUAAACCUCUACAGAUUCCGAAGGAAAUUUGGUUGUUGGUGGAUCAUCUCUUUAAAAAUGCAAGUCGACAGGAGGACCUGUUCCAAAUACCUGGUACACAGGAGGAACUUCAAAAGAUUUUUGACUGCUUGGACACAAGCAUUCCACAAACUAUUCCUGGCAGUAAUCAUUCGGUGGCUGAAGCUUUGCUCAUCUUCCUUGAAGCCCUCCCAGAGCCUGUGUUAUGUUAUGAGCUGCAUCUUCAAUGCCUAGAAAUUUCAUUCGAUAAUCGCAGCUGUAGACAUUUGAUAACUCAAUUACCACGCAGUCACAAAAAUGUGUUUAAGUACUUGAUGGCAUUCCUCCGGGAAUUAUUAAAGCAUAGACAAGACAACAAGCUUGAUGCUAAGAUGUUAGCCACGCUCUUUGCAAGUCUGCUUUUGAGGCCACCACCAAACUUAAUUGGACGGCAAACCCAGAACGAUCGCCAACGUGCUGUGGAUUUCAUCUAUGGCUUCCUGAUAAGUGGAGAUGGUGACUAAAUGUCGAGCAUAUUUCUGAUAACAUCUUCACUGCACUGUGACAGUAGCUGUAUUUGUUGUGUUAAAAUGGUGAUCGAAUGAUACGGAUGAAUGAGACCUGUUUUAUCAAAUUUCUCAAUCAAAUAGUUUAGAAUGCUCGUCACAUAGUGAUUCAGUAUAACCAUACACAUUUCCAGCAAUUUCAUAACCUCUUGUCAAUCUAAAUUUUUAUUACAAAUUAUUGUGUCAGUUUCUUCCAGCAUUGUAUCUAAACAUCUAUGUUUGCUGCCAGGUUAAUGGAGGUUAGAGUGGGAAUCUUUUAUGUCGUUGAAGGUGACUGGAGGACUGCAAUGAGCAAGGAAGCUCGGAUUAAACAGGGAAUAUACUAUGAUAUCACAGUAUGUGAAGCCCAUAUAUGCCUCCAUUCUUGAAACACAACGCCCAAUUAUAAUUAUAGCAAGUGAACAGAAAAUAGUUAAAACAGGAGUGAAUGAGCACAAACAGUAACUUAUUCCUAUUGAGUUCCCACAACUGUGGUGGAACUUUUAUCUACGCAAUAAAUUCAGUUUCAUUAGGUCUUGCCUAGACAGAGGGGUAAGGUACCUUGUGUAAAAGGGAGUCCUGUUUUGGAAAGAUAUUAGCCUAGAUUUCCAAGUAAAUAUGACUACAUCAAGACAAUGGAUUACAUUGGGGCAAGGUAAAAAGAAUGGGUUGACUUUUAGAGAUACAAAUUUAAUAAUAUAGAUCACAAAAUUGUCUGAAAUAGUAUGGUCAAUGCAUAAAGUUUUAGAAAAUUGUCAAAAUUCUAGAUGCCUUUAAAAAUAAUUAGACCUCCAAAUAUACAAUCGGUCUACUGAGUUCAUAUAGAUGACCCAUAAAUGUGUUUUGCAAAAUUCUAUUCAAGAAAUGGUUGGAGCAAGAUUUAUUUGUUACUUUUCGUAUUUAUUGAAGAUUCAGUUUGUGAUCUGCAAAUAGCAUAUGCUUUACCUGUAAGGUAAUAGUGUAGCUGUGUGUUCUAAUUUCUACAUGAUGAAGUAAAAGCCUACUCUGCCAUGCACGAGGAAAAGAGCAGUAGUGCCAAUACAAUAUUAGAUUCCAGACCAGUUAUAGACCACUGAACUCCAAAUACAGUGGAUGGGGAAUUCAAAUUUAAUUCAGCCUAUUUCCAGCCCACCUUCUAGAAACAUAUUUCCUGUUUGCCAAAUCAAAGUAAUAUUACAGUGCCAUAGACAACUCUGUCCAUUCAAUCAGAGAAAUAACGUUGCAUAAAUGGUACUUAAAUGUUUCUAUUCAACUGGGAUAAUUAUAGGUUGAAUCCAUGUAUCAUUCAAUCACUAGUAAAAAGCCAUGUGAUAAUCAGUUUAGGCUGAUGUAUUGUUGCCAGAUCCCAGCCAUGGGGAGAUGAGCAUGUGUACAUAUAUUUAAAAAUCUAUGGCAGUGUCCUUAAAGAAGAAUUUAUGUGUAUUCCUGAGUACUUUCAAUAUAUAAUGUAUUCUCCAAGUUAAGGUGAAAAAAUCAUUUUUUCAAAAACAAACACCUCCCACUUCAUAUGAGAUGUUUGUAAAUGUCUUUAGAGACACCUUGUAUUCAAUCUGCACAUUCAGUAAGGAGCAACUCCGCAGAGAAUAUCAACACUACAAACCUUUAAGUUGAAUUUCAAUCAUUUGUUGUUUUUCCCCUCUCAGUGCAUUACCUAGAUGAGAUGAAUAGUAUAAUACUUUUGUACAAUGAACUUUAAUUUUUAAUGCAAUUUAGCUUGAAUCUGAGUUGAAAGAUACAAGCCAGUUAAUUAGUCCAGAUUACACACCAGCUGAAAAAGAAAUAUAAUCAAGCAGCUCAAUUUCCAAAUUCACUGAUACCAAGAAAAGCAGAAGUAUUGGUGUCUGCUCUUUGGGUUGAUAUUUUUGCCAGCCAGUGCUGGCCAUGGUAAAUUGAAACAAUUGAUACCCAUUGAAACCAGGAACAAAAUGAAAGUUCUUUAAAUUCCUGCCCUUGAGUGUAUUGAACUAUUGAAAUCUCUUGAUCUGUUAUUUAAAGGUUUUAUCUUCACUGUUUUUAUCACUGUAGUUCCAGGUGGAACUCAACAGACUUAAUAAACUAAAAGAAGGGCCUAAUCAAAAAGACCAGUUACAGGAAGUGUUCAAUGUAUUUGAUACCGAGGGCAGGUAAUUAGAUGCCAAUCUAUGAUUCACAAUUGUUAUGUAAUACACUACAAUGUAUUUUUCAGUCUCUAGGUUAUUUCAUUAUCUUAUGGUUAAAUUUUCCAAUUAAAACCAAUUUAAAUCUGUA